AUGUCUAGUAACGCCACGGUUAGGUUCAAAGUGGAUGGUGGUAAAUAUGCCCUGCAGAAAGCAUCUAUCAGUCUCAAUGAUUGCUUAGCAUGCAGUGGCUGUAUAACUUCUGCAGAAACUAUUCUCAUAUCUGAGCACAGUUCAUCUGCAUUUUCUGAUUUCUUAUUGCGAAAUGAAACCGAACAGGUUACUAACCGGAGUAUAAUAGUUGUCACUUUGUCUCCACAAAGUAUUGUCAAUUUGCUGGCUCAUACGUCUCACAUCCCCGAUAGUAAACUAGCCAAAUGUUUCAAUUAUUUUAAAACCAAAUAUUCGCCACCAAAACCGGAUGCAGAUACUUUUCGAACAUUUAUUACAUCUUGUUUUCUUUCUAUGGGAGUCCAUUUAGUAACGGAUGUUACAUGGGCUCGUGAUAUUUGUCUUUAUGAAGCUGGUUCGGAAUUUAUAAAACAUUCCAUAAAACAUAAUGGAUGCACGGAAACCAUGCCUUUAUUUUCCAGUAUUUGUCCAGGUUGGAUAUGCUACGCUGAAAAAGGCUCUGGCAGUUCAGUCAACUCUACCUCCAAUGAAUUCUCAAUCCUUCCAUAUAUAUCCCGGAUUCGUUCUCCUCAACAGAUUGCAGGCAAAAUAAUUAAACUUCUGGGUGAAGAAAAAUGUUUUCAUGUUAGUAUAAUGCCAUGUUUCGAUAAAAAGCUAGAAGCAUCUAGAGACGAAUUCUCAGUUCAGUCAAAUAUCAGCAACUCUCGUAUUCCAGAUGUAGACUUGGUAUUGGCUACUAAUGAAUUGCUUUGUUUACUUGAAUCAUUUUGUCAUGAAUUUGAAGGUGCUGUCCACUUUUCUCCAUCUACACACAUCACUGAAAUUUCAGAAAGUCAUAAAGUUAUAUUGUCGAGGUUAUGUAAAGUAUUUCGUGUAAAGCUACCAGAGCAGCAAAAUAUUUGCAAUAAGCUUGACAGCAUGACUUUUGUCGAUGAAAAUAUUCUUCCUAUGUAUAGGCAUAAUGGAAGUGGUUCUGGAGGUUAUGCAGCAUAUAUUUUCAGAAUAGCUGCAAAAGAAUUAUUCUCAAUAAACUUAAAUUGUAAUAUAAUAGAGGAUGAACAUGUAAUAAUUCGUCAAUUACAAAAUCGAGAUUUGCAGGAACUGCUGUUGUUUAACACAAAGGAAGAUCGUAACAUGGCAGCAUCUCAACUGUCGUCUGUUUCAAAUCGAAUUCCUUACCGACAUCUAACGAUCCUUCCAAAACCGUUGUUAGCAUUUGUAAUAGCCAACGGAUUUCGUAAUAUACAGACUGUUGUUCAAUAUCUGCGUAAAAUGUAUCAGGUCAUAAAGUUCGAUAGACAAGAUCAAACAAAGUUCAAAGCAAUGAAAUCACUCUAUCCAUUUGAUUAUGUAGAGGUGAUGGCAUGCCCAAAUGGUUGUUUAAAUGGUGGUGGACAAAUAAAGGAAGUAUUCACACAAACAAAUGAAAUGUAUACAAAUCUUUCAGUUUGUGAACCAAUGUCAAAUGACCUUGUACAAGAUUUGUAUGCGAUUGUCAAAUCAAAAGAUGCCAACCUUGAAUGUCUACGUACUUCAUAUAGAAAUAUUCCUAAGAUUGAAAUUAUUAAUCCAAGUGCUUUAAAGUGGUAA